GUGUGUGAUGUCAUAAUAAUUAUAAUUUUCUCUCAACUCAAACUCCAAACCUGUCCUCUGCAUCUUCUUCCUCCUACUCUCGCAUUCUCUUCAUCAGUGGUUGCGUACGAUUAAUGAGGUGAACUGCAGUUUGAACGCAAUCCCCUCAAUUGAGUGGUCACGCGAGAUGGACUAACUAUAGCAUCUGUUUGGCCCGUCACUUCGUUCGUACCUUCUUGGCUUAGGUUUCCGAUACCAUUGAUGUCCAAUAGCUUUGAUAGUAAUGGGCAAUUGACUUAACUCAACUGAAAUCGUGAAAAGCAGUAUUUUGUCGUUGUAGUUGUAUCUAUAGUAGGCGCCGCCUCUGCCAACCACCUCUCCUUCUCUGCUGCUGCUAUUCUCGGGCGGGCGCCCCUCCUGUCCCAGGACGGGACGGACCUGUUAAUGAGUUGCUGGAGUUACUCGAGGUUGAAAUGACUACUUCAGUGGUUAGAGUGAUUGAUGCCUUGGUGAAGGGCUAUGUUAGUUUGGGUAUGUUUGAAAUGUGUAUAGAGGUUCUGUUUCAAACACGAAGAAAGGGUUUGAUGCCUUCUAUAUUCACCUGUAAUUACCUUAUUAAUCGCGUGAUUAAGCAUGGUGAGUUGGAUAGGGCUUUGUCUAUAUACCAACAUAUUUUGAGGAAGGGUUUGAAUCCUAACGUAUAUACCUAUAAUUUUAUGAUCGAGGUUUUGUGUAAAAAGGGCAAUCUCAAGGAAGCAAUUGGUGUGUUUGAGGAGAUGGAAAAAGUUGGCAUCAACCCUAAUAAAUAUUCUCAUUGCACUCUCAUUGAAGGACUUUGUUCAAAUAAAAAAUCAGAGGAGGCGUACAAAUGGUUGAAAUCUGUUGCUCUUGUUGAUAAUUUUAGUUAUGCUAGGGUGGUUCGUGGUUUAUGCAAUGAGAAUAAAUUGAGUGAAGCCGAGACUGUUAUGCAAGACAUCGAGAACCAAGGGCUAACACCUAAUGUGUAUUGUUUUAGUGCUUUAAUUCGCGCGUAUUGUAAGAGGAUGGAUAUUCAAAAGGCAUUGUUUCUUGAAAGUCACAUGCUGUCAAAAGGUGUGAAAACUAAUUGUGUUAUUGUGAGUUCCAUUCUUCAAUGCAUGUGUUCUAUGGGUUUUUUUACCGAUGUUCUCAGUCAAUACGAAACAUACAUGAAUGAGGGGAUUUUUCUCAACAAAGUUUGUUAUAAUAUUGUUGUGGAUGCUAAGUGUCGGUUGGGCAAAACAAAUGAAGCUUUGGAGCUUCUUGAAGAGAUGAAGCACCAAAACAUGGUCCCGAAUCAUAUUCACUACGCCACUGUGAUCAAUGGUUACUGUGUUCAGGGAAAACUUGUUGAUGCCUGGGAUGUUUUCGAGAAAAUGAAACAUAAUGGUAUUCAACCUGAUAUCAUUACUUACAAUAUACUUGCAGGUGGUUUUGCUAGGAAGGGUCUUGUAAAAGAGGCUUUUUCAUUACUUGACUAUAUGAAAGACCAAGGUUUGACGCCUAGCGUUGCUACCCAGAAUAUAAUCAUUCAAGGCCUCUGUGUAGCAGGAGAGGUAAAAGAAGCUGAAAACUUUUUGAACAAAUUAGAGAAGUGCACAGAUAUUGAGACUGUAAUGAUAAAUAAUUACUAUGCUAUGAUUAAUGGGUAUUGUGAAGCAAGAGAUACACGGAAGGCUUUUGGUCUUUUUGUUAACCUUUACAAGCAACAAAUAUCUCUGAAGAGGAAGACAUGCUUAAAGUUGUUAGAUAGUCUAUGCAUUGAAGGUCAAGUUGAUAGUGCAUUCAUGUUGUGCGAAAACAUUCCGGGCAUAAAUGAUAAAACUCGCAUUAUAAUGUAUUCGAAGCUUAUGUCGACAUUGUGCGAUUCUGGAGAUUUAAAAUGUGCUAAGUUGGUUUUUGACAAUUGCAUCAGAAAAGGGUUGAUUCGCGAUGCCACAUUGUACACAAUAAUGAUAAAUGGGUAUUUCAGAUCCAAUCUUACACUGAAAGCCUUUGCUCUUUUAGAUGACAUGAAGCGUAGGGGUAUUAUGCCUGAUGUGUUCACUUUCACUGUUUUGAUUCAUGGCUGUUUGAAGUCUUGUUCUUACCCGGGUAAUUUUUUUAUUACGAAUGCCACAAAAUUUGAGUCUGAGAUGUUGAAAAUGCAGCUGAAGCCUGAUGUUGUCUGUUAUAAUGUGUUAAUUAACAAGCGCUGUAAGUUGAAUGGUAUCCAAGAUGCCAUGAAGCUGUUCAAUGAGAUGAUGGAUAAUGGUCUACAACCAGAUAUUGUGACAUACACAACUCUCCUUUCUACUUGUCGUAGAGUAAAAGAUGUGGACACAGCUGUGACCCUUUUCAAUACGAUGGAAGAAAAUGAUUUAAAGGCUGAUGAGAAAACAAGCUUUUGAUGUCAGUUUUGGAACAUGGUUUGGGAGUUAAGAAAGUACAGUUCACACAAUGAACACUCAUCGUACAUUAAAAUCGAUGGGUUAGCUCUGAAGCUUCUCAUGGAUUUCCGCAAUUGACAAUGACAUUGCCUGAUGGACGGAAAAAUCCGCUAUGAAACGAACUACACUUGUUGCGAAUACUUCUAACAUGCCGGUGGCUGCACGUUAGGCGUCCGUUCACACAGGUAUCUCCUGCUGAAUGAAAAAGGAGAAAAGAUUGAGGAGCAAAGUGGCGUUGUCAAAACAAAUUGUAUCGAUUGCUUGGAUCGCACCAAUGUCACACAGACGGCUUUCCCUGCGUCUCACCCGUCGCCGGUGGAUCUCGCCAGUCGCCGUCGUCGUUGGGUCUCGCCCGUCGCCGGUGGUCCUCCAGCAAGGGUCUAUUUCCUCGCCUCCUCGUCUCCUCACCGGUGGUUCCCUGGGGAUUUGGGAGUUAUGGAUUUUCGUGUCGGCUGCAGAGCACCACUCCACAGCAGCGGCGUGAGUGACGGCGAGGAGAUUCAGAAAGGAGUUAGUAUACCAAUAAUGAUUGGCAAUCUUGUUAGUGAGGAAAAGGCUAUUAGUUCACCUCUGCAACUUGCUGGGCAUGUGCUGAAAGCAAAGUCUUAUAGCUUAUCACCCGAUAAGCCUGAAACAAACACACUCUUUGUGCACAGAUCAACUACUGGGAAUAAGUUGAACCAGCCCCUGGUGUUGAUCUUGAAAGCCUUGAAGUUGCCAAAGAUUGUUUAACAGAAGUCUUCAAACUUCAUCUACUUCCUGAGAGUGAGCGACCAGAACCUAAAUUGACAUGUAAAUCAAAGAAGG